AUGCUCGGAGGACUUGUAGCUCCAAUAGAAGUAAUUGAGGAAUGGGGAUGUUAUGACACCGAAAUUCGACUAACAUGCGGAAAUCUGGAAUCUAAGCUGGCAAUCCUGGAGGCAAAGUUUACGCCUCGAUGCAGGACAGACCGUGCCGAGGAGUGUGUUUACGUGGACGAAAACAGUAUAACCCACUCAUUUUCCUCGAGAAAAAUUGACAAGUUAACGCUAGAGGAAAAGGAAGCUGGCCAACGAUUCCUGCAAACGUUGAGGCGAAAUCAUGAACACAAACGCUCCCGCGAGGAAGCAAGCCCCUCGCUUGGCGCGGUGGUCCAUGCGGCUGGCUCUGCGGAGACAGCGAAUGUCCGUACCGUGAAGGACAAGCGCAGCUCUUUGCGGAGCAAGCUGGAACACCUGAUAGUUCGUUAUUUGCGGCGGAUUACCGAUGGUGGUGGCGGUGGUGAUGAAGAGACUGACGAAAGUGGUGGGUACGAGUCUUCCUCCUCACGCUACCGGCGUCAGGUGUCGAUUGAUGGCAACGGUAGUGUCAUAGCUAGUGUCGGUGGAGAUAACUUAACGGACGUGCCCGGAAAUGAAGUAUUGGGGAGCUCAGUGGAAAUAACUUUGCUCACCAACAAUGAUACGGAUAGCGGAAAUGGCAGUGCAGUGGGUGAUUCGAGUGUGUUUAGUGCGUUACCGAUAAUAGAAGAAAGUGUUGUGGAAAGUGUUAACGUGCUCUCUAGCACUGUUGUUGCAAAUGUGGAAGAUGAAAUGUCGAAACUUACUGAUAAAAAUGAUGAGAGUAUAAUUUCCUCAAAUGACCGGUCACAUCAUGCGAAAACACAUGACUGCAGCAGUAUUCGAAAGCGCAUUGCCCAGCUGGAUAAGUUUGAAAUACAGAAAUCAAUGCGAAAUGAUUCAUUCCACGAGUACAAUAUACGCAACGCACUCAAUUACAGAUGCUCCGGAAAGAAUCAUUGCAGCUUUGUGUUCUCACAGGACCAUCCAUAUGCCGUUGUUUGGCGAGAAGGAAUAAUACGCGUCAAGUAUAUCUGUAUGGAUGAAUUUCGCAUCAGCAAGUACUGCGAUGAGCACUUAAUUAUCGGUAACGAGGACCAGUGGGAACGACGUCGUGGCAACACCCACCGAUCCAACAGUGAACGGGCUGCCGUUUCUGGCACGGAAACGUUGGCGGUAAAUGGUGAUAGUACCGCAAAUGGCGGUAGCCUACAGGAGGAAUAUGGCGCCGGCAAUGGCAACGACCGACCGGUUGGAUUUACUGAGGAUCGCGAAAGUCAGUGGAGCUACGGUGACAAUGGAGACUACGACAGCGACGACGACGACGACAAUGAGAACAGUGAGUACGGCGCCGACUACGGUGAUGGUCCGAGGGGUGAGCCUCGGGCGGAAGCACUGCAGCAGGGACAGCAGCAAAUCCAGCAAAUGCACCCGUUCCAUAAUCUGAAAAUCCUGAAAACGUUACCUGGCGAGGAAGCGCCGCUUAAUGAGACGGAAAAACAACGGAAGCUUGACGCGGAUACCGCCAAUCGGCAACGUCAACGGCAGAAAGUUUUCUCCCAGGAUUUCCGCGUGCUGAAAAUUCUUCCCAGCGAUCUCGACGAAGUCGAGGAUAUCAAACAGGUCGGCAACGAGUACUAUUUCAAAAAAGAUAUCGAAGUGGUUGAUGAUUCGGAAAACGAAAUCAUCCCUACUAGCACCAGAAACGACAGCGUACAGUUUUCGGAAACACUUGACAUUGUGGUUCUUCCGCAACCCGCCAAGGAUGUCGACGUGUACGAGAGCAAUCUGGACCCGUCCAUUACUAUAGCCGAUAGCAUUGGUAAAACCACUGUAAAUAUAAUAGAAUUGAUUUCCCCAACCAUGGGUACGGGGUCAGUAAGCAGUACUAGUCAAAAGCAAACAUAUCUAGAUGUAAGUGUCCAUUCGACUGUUAUGGCAAGCACAGUUAUAUAUCCGGAUGCAGAGUCGAACGAAAUCGAGGGAAAUGUUAGAGAUGUAAACAAAAGCGAAGACGAGCAUGGCUUUAGCUUCAACAAUAGAACAUUCAAAAAGAUUCAAGAAUCGGUUUUAAAGGAAAUCAGUGCAAGUGAACAGGAAGGUAGCGACGGUUAUCCCGUAAACUAUGGCUAUGAUGACGAUGAUGAUUUCGAAGAAGAAGAAAACGAUGAUGACGAUGAUUAUGAGGAAGUGGAAAGGAGAGGCCAUAAAAAAUAUAUCAGCAUUCAACGAACGCUUCUUAGGCAUCCCUUGAGACAGGGCUUCUUGAUGACCCCCGGCUAUCCGAAAUACUAUAUCGGGGAUAGUGUCUGCCGGUGGACUCUAUACACAAGACAGCAACAAAAAAUUAAGUUAACUAUUCUAGAUUUAGCACUACGGUCUGAUGAACCAUGUAGAGACUACGUUGAAAUUAGGGACCUGAACAUGAACCGAACCCUAUUUAGCAGUUGUGCCGAAAGCACACGACCAAUUGAGGUGAUCAGCUUGCAAGAGCGACUGGAAGUCAAUGUGCGAACUACAACCAAAGUCGCUUAUCCAAAACGCGGAGUGCUGAUACAUUAUUCAGCGCUCGGCUGUGAGCUGCCGACACCGACACCGCCGCACAUGACGCUGGUCCGUCGAAGCGAGCGUCGCGUGAAGUACGUUUGUGAUCCUUUGUACGUGUUCCCUGACACAGCUGAAUCCAGUCGCGAGCUAGUCUGCACCAGCAAACACACGUGGAAUCGACCGUUGCCAGCCUGCGUAGAAAAACGCUCUACCGAAGGUAGUGGACUAGUAUCUCAUUACGAGCAAAAACGUAAAAUUAGCGAUUCCGACGACAUGUCUGACAAACAGGCGGAUACUGUUUAUGAUAUUUUGAUUCCAUCGAUGGUAAUCGCUGCCCUAUUUAUUGUUAACGGCAUCGUAUUCGCGGUCAUAAUGCGGUACAGAAACAAAAGAAAACAACGCCUUGAACUAGACAGUAAGGAACUAGCAGAAUUGUAAAGUCCCUGAACUUCGAUAAACUUAAAAACCGGAAUAUAUAAGCAAUUGGGCAACCAAGAAAAGCAUAAAAAAAACAAAUACUCAGCAAAGUUAAUGCAUGUCAAAGGAAAAUGAAGCCAUUACUAAAACAAGAGAAGGAAACCAUCACCACCGUCACCAGGAUGCCAUAAGAACUCAAAGGAGCUACCGCACCAUCCAUCCGUGCAUCACAAUCAUUCACUAGAAAGUAGCACCAGCAAAAUAUGUCCCUGCUUCUCAUUCACGCUUUUGCUCUUUUGCUACCGCCACAAAAGAUCAAGGUUAGGGAUCUGGUCAAUCUCAUCUCGAACCGGAAAGCAGUAUGCAACGCAGUAGUUAUCAAAUUUUGGCGUUUCUUAGUGUUUAAAUAUGCCAAAACAGCCAUAUCAUCAAUUCAUCAUUAUCAUCACGGUCGACAACGCAUUAUCAUCAUAGAUGAGAAAACCUGAAUAUUGUCAUCACCUCUUAGUGUCGUAGGCAUUGUCACAGUUCAAUUAUUGCAAUGUCUGAUUGUCUCUAAGAUGGGUUUAAUAACAGAAAAGAGGUGAUCAUUUAUCAGUUCAAGGGCCCGGAGUUUUCUCUCCGAGUAACAUGAAAUAACUAGAGAUGAGUAACUUAGAAACUAAACCAAAAGAUUAGUAUUUCUAUACACACACGCAUACCAAAAUGGUAAGUAUUUUGCACGCUGAAAAAUCAUAUACAAAAACAGAAAAUCUUAUAAUAUUAAAACAAAUGCUAAUCGAAAAAAAAAUCGAACAUAUAUUUAUACAUAUUUAAAAGCCGCAGCAAUUUUUUGAUAACUUAUUUCCCAAAACCUCUUGAGUCACACAAAUCUGUUUCAUUUUCCACUGAAGGAAAUUAUCAAAAAUUAACACUAGUAACAAAAGUUUAGGUCAAAGAAAAGCAAAUAUUUUCUAAAUUUUUACAAACACUCAUAGAACAACAUCGACGAAAAUUACGAUAGCAUACGCUUUUGCUUAUUAUGCCACCAUUUACACGCGAGGUUGAACGAAAAAAAACAAAAACCGAUAGUAUUUGUAUAUGUUUUCCUUGUUUGUGUGGAAAUUGUGGAUCGGUUUCAUGACAAAAAUGAUACCGGAAAGCUGGCGGCACAUACAGAUUUUCGCCAAGGAGUGUUUUAAAUCACUAUGCUGAUGAUCAGAAACCUUUAAAUGCAACAGCCAAAGAUUAGAUGUUAUCGAAUACGCCUACACAGCUUUUAGGAGGAGAAAAUGUGGUAGGGAAACUAUUACGUGCUUUAUUCGCUAUAAACCUUAUAUAACAAAACUUGUUGAACUGAGAAAGCAAAAAUAAACGAGAAUGAAAAGCGAAACGUAAAACCUUUCCACGGCCAAGCGAUUUGUGAUCGAAUAUGAUAAUUACUAAAUGAUGAAGGGAGAGUAUAAUGGCUUAUUUUGAUCAAUUAGUGAACCCAAUGUGUACCCUAUAGCGCAAAAUAAGCAGAGGAGGAAAAUGGAAAACUACACAAACAACCCAAGUAUGUACGUAAUAGAACAGCCUGCAUGUUGUAUCGUUCGCAUCUAGACUCAGUUCAUUUGAGUAUCAUUUAACUGUUUCAAUACCCCAGGGCAUUAAAACGUGAACGAAUAAAAAAACACGGUAACUUUCCUAAUUUUCGAGGAAAUUAUAAUUUUUUGCCAGACUACAAUAUUGUACUUCCAGGAUGAAAUAAAAU